AAUUUGUCGAACUUUGACCCCAGAGCUAGAAUUGGUUUUGGUGCUUGCAGUCAGGUUUUAUGAAGUUUCCUUUAAUUUUUCACCAUAUAAAUGAAGUACAUUGCAUUUAUAUUUAAUUCAAGUUCAAGUUGUGCUCAGAAACCACUGUAAAAGGUUUUAUGACAAAAAUAACGAUUGAAUCAUGGCUCAACAUGGUGCCCACAUAACAUCUGUUAACCUCAGUGCUGACAGACCAACAGUUUUUGAGGUUUUAGCACAGGAAAGUUUGAGUACAACUAUAAGACCAGCUGCUAAACAUGCAGUAAAGGUCCUUGCAGAAAGUCGACCAGAUAGAUUUGGAUGGAUGUUACAGUUUUUUGAUGAAGUUUACACUGUGUUAGAACUACUUGUUCAGAACUAUUAUUUACAGAGAUAUUGUGGUUCAUUUGCAGAGAAUUUUUAUGAUCUUAGAAGAAUUGUGUCUAAAACAAAAUCUCCAGUUUUAUCAAAUGGAUUAAGAUGGAAAUCACUAAUAUGUUUGGUGGUCCUUCCUUACCUUAAACAAAAACUUGAUAAGUAUUUUGAAGACAUGAGACAUAGAUCCCAUUUUAUUUCAUCACAAAAGGACUAUAAGAGUCGUCUAAAUAAAGCAUUCUUGGCUGUGUAUCCAUAUAUCCAUAUGUUGUGGGAGGGAUCUAAUCUGUGGUUUCAAUUAGCCUAUAUGUUUGGUAAAUCAGACUGGCACUCCUGGUUACUCCGCUUCUCAGGUACAGAAUUACGGAGAAAAACUGAAGACGAAGAAACCAGGAUACAGAAAGACAUCAUGUCAUGGCAGUCUAGAAGUGUUCAGCAGAAGAUAUAUUUUAUAUUGUAUAAAACAGUGGACAUGUUGGCUGUUACCAUGUCGACAGGCUUGUCUGUUGGUGUGUUCUUUCUCCAAUUUUUAGAGUGGUGGUAUCAGAGAGAAGAGAAAGCAGUGUCUUUAACAGCUCUACCUAUACCAGAACCACCAAAGGAACAGUCACCAGACAAUGUGAAUAGGGACUGGUACAACUCCUGUCCAAUAUGUGAACAAACAAGACAAAAUGAUACUGCUCUUUCUGUUUCUGGGUAUGUGUUUUGUUUCCGAUGUAUCCAUAGUUACAUAAAGAAACAUGGUUGUUGUCCAAUUACCCAUUAUCCAGCUCAAAUUGACUGCUUGAUUAAAAUAUAUCCACCGGACACUUGAUUGAUUUUAUAGAUUAAAAAAUAAAUAUAUUUUUUGUAUAUAAUUGUUUAUUAUCAAUAACCUCUGGCAUUCAAAAAUAAAGUGA